AUGAAACAAUAGUAAUAAUAGCCAAGAUAAAGAAUUAAAGAGAGAUUUGUUAGUGAAGCAAUGAAUUUAGUUAAACUUUGGAGGUUUAGUUCAUUCUCUCAUAAUGUAGACAAGUUUAUUAAACUGAAACUAAAAUAGUUGAUGGAAGAACUGUUAGAAUUACAUUGGAUUAGGCUGCAGAAUUAGUAGGUUGUCCACGAAAAACAUUAGAAGAUUAUUAUUAUCUAUUAAGGAAAGCAGAGAACUUGGGUAGAUUUUCUUUAUCUAAAUUUAAGUUAAUUUAGAAGAAAAAAAAAAUGAAAAGAUGGGCUAUAUUAGAAAACUCUGUAGAGAAAACAAAAAAUAUAAAUAAUAAUUAAAAUUGGAAGAAGAAUGUUAUGAACUUAAUUAAUUUUAAUUUUUGGAUAACAUUCAUGAUGAUUGA